GGCACUCACUAAGCCUCUGACCCAGCCUAUAGCCACCUCUCUCCCGGUGCAGCAGCAGCAUCUCCCCCUGCAGAGUCGGAGGGACCACCAUGUCCUCUUACGCGUCAUCGGAGUGCCGCCGCGUGAGCCCCUCGGUUCACGGCAACACAUUCGCCACCGCGCACCGGAAAAAAGCCGUGGCGAACAUCUUCGAUAACGUGAACCAGGACGCGCUCAUGAGGCUGUUCCAGAAGACGGGCGACAUGAAGGCGGAGGAGCGCGUGCGGAGCAUCUUCUCCUACACACAGGACCCCGAGGAGACGAAGCGCGCUCUCAUGGCUCUGAAGCAGCGCAAGAAGGACAAGUUCCUGCAGAUCGCGGGCAUGCUGCGGCACCUGCUGCAGAUGCGCUGAUCUGACGCUUCCACUGGACCAACUGUGUCAUGAAUGUUGGAAACUCUUACCCUGAUCACCUCUCUUACCCGGGUCACCUGCAGCGAAGGAGGUGCACGCGCAGCCCUGCCGCCUGGAGCGCACCGUGCCGCGCGCAGUUUGCCGCUCCACAGACGCGGCGGAGGAGCGUCUUGCCUUACCGCGUUGGAGCAUGACUUCUGGGAAUAUAAAAAUAUAAAAGGCAUGCAUGCUAACUUCCCCUGGGACUUGAACGCAUCGCUGUGGAUGCUGGGGAGCGCGCGCUGCUGGAGGCGCGUGCAGAAACAGACAGAUACCUGCAGCUGCCUCCUGAACACAUGCCUUCUCUCUCUCUGAACUCUCAUUAGUGGCCACUGAUGUGUUUGUGUCACAAUGUUUUUGCAUUGAUAAUGUUCCUUUGUUUUGCAAUUUUGUAAUAAAUUAUUCCGUUUUGUACAAGAAGUGAA